AUGCGUGGAGACCAAGCCGAAAGACACCAGACCCGUAGUGAAGCCGAGCGUCUCCUUUCCGGCGACUCGAUGGAGAUGGGGGAUACGAGUCCUCGGCAGACGAGGGAGUGCAAACACCCAUCGCAGGUGGAAGAGAGAUACACGGACGAGCAGAGCAAUGGACAAGCUUCAUCCUCGCGACUCACUGCUGCUGGUGAAGAGGAGGUUGCGCCAAUAAAUGGACGCCAUACGGAAUACAGGGUGUACAAAAUCAGGUGGUUCGGGCUCUCUCAGCUGAUCUUGCUUAACAUCGUUGUGAGCUGGGACUGGCUCUCCUUCUCCGCCGUCGCCAACACCGCUGCAGACUUCUACUCUACAAACCCUAGCAUCAUAAAUUGGCUUUCCACGGGAUUUCUCUUCGCCUUCGUCGCCGCCGCUCCAGCUACUAUCUGGACCCUCCAUACCGGCGGCCCGCGGCUCGCAAUCAUCAUAGCAUCCAUCCUCAUUCUUCUGGGAAACUGGAUACGCUAUGCUGGCACACGGACCUCACCUCCCAGCUUCGGUCUUACGAUGUUCGGUCAAAUCCUCAUCGGUCUGGCGCAACCCUUUGUCCUCUCAGCGCCCACUCGGUACUCAGACAUCUGGUUCACGCCCUCCGGCCGCGUCUCCGCUACCGCAGUCGCUUCCCUCGCAAACCCCUUCGGCGGCGCGCUAGGACAGCUCAUCAACCCCUUUCUCGCAGCCAAAGCUUCCGAUAUACCAAAUAUGACCCUCUACGUCGCCAUAAUCUCGACCGUUGCCUCAAUCCCUUCCUUCUUCAUUCCCUCCAAACCACCCACGCCCGUCUCCCCGUCCUCCACGCACACCGCGCCUGGCAUCCGCGAAACAGUAAACCUGCUGGGCAGGAACCCAACCUUUUACCUCAUCUUACUGCCUUUCGCCGUCUAUGUCGGCUUCUUUAAUUCGAUCUCCUCGCUCCUCACUCAAAUCAUGACGCCCUACGGCUUUUCGGAAACGGAGAGCGGCAUUGCGGGCGCUGUACUCAUACUAAUUGGGCUGGUUAGCGCAGCUGUUACUUCGCCGAUUAUGGAUCGCACGAAGGCUUAUCUACCUUUCAUCAAGACUUCGGUUCCGCUGAUCGCGCUGUGCUAUCUUGCUUUUAUCUGGGCGCCUGGAACUCGCAGUCUGGUGGCUCCUUACAUCAUUCUCGCCAUCCUGGGCGCUGCUUCUUUCUCCCUAGUUCCUGUGGCGUUGGAAUGGUUGGUCGAAGUUACAUGGCCUGUAGGUCCCGAAACCGGUUCUACAAUCUGCUGGACUGGCGGCCAGUUGCUGGGUGGAAUCUUUAUUGUAAUUAGCGAUGUAUUGAAAGAAGGGAGCGAGGGUAAUCCGCCCUUUACGAUGGGUAAGGCAUUGAUCUUUCAAGCGGUAGUGAGUGCGGCUGUCGUGCCUUGCGCGAUGUGUUUGGGGCUGGUGGGCAAAGUCACACGAGGGAGAUUGGAAGUUGACAAUGGCGUUGCGGCAGAAGACCGGGAGGGUUGA